AUGAGUUGGAUUAAUCAUGUUUUGGAUUCUCACAAGGGUGGUUUUACUUUAGAAGAAUUUAGUGUCUCUUUUCCUUUUGAUACUAGUUUUAAAUGUGAAAUUGAUAAGUGGAUAAAGUUUGCAUCAUCAAAGAAAGUCAAAAGCCUUAAAAUAGAUUUCUCAGUCAAUUGCAGGGAGGGCAUCCUAUAUACCUUUCCUCCUUCAGUACUUUCUGGAUUUGAGGCUCUCAAAGUGCUGGCUUUAAAUUGGGUUGAUGUUGAUAAUCAAGUGGCUACUAAAAGAUGUAAAAAUAGUGUUGGUCCUUCCCUCAAGUUGAAGCAUUUGGAGAUAUGUUAUUGCCCUAUAUAUUCCCUGGAGAUCCGUAAUGUCAAUCUUGGAUCUUUUACAUUCAAGGGAUGGGAAAUAACAAACUUGCUUCUCGAGAAUGUUACUUCAGUUCAUAAUGUUGAUAUCAAAGGCACUAUGUGUGAAUCUGAAUCUCAACUUGGUGUUCCUCUUGUUCUUGCUCCUUUUGAUGAUUCUUUUCCAAAAUUUGACAAUCUCAAAGUGCUUUCGUUAAGACUGACUAACGUGUCAACUGCCUUUCUAUUUAAAGUUACUCCACUUCUAGAGUUAUCUCCGUACCUUCAAAAGUUCACAAUCGAGGCUGCCUCAAGAGGCCAAAGCAAUGAAUUUACAUUGUUUGAGAAUUAA